AUGGUCUCCUCUAUUAUUCUUCUACUCUUGCCGGCUACUCUCGUUGUUGCGGACAACCUUACACCUCAAAGCAUUGCCUCGCAAUUCAGUCUGACAACGAGGCAAGCUGCGCUCGAAACCUCGGCUAGAGGCGUGCCAAUAAUGAUCCAAUCUCACAGCACCGUCUUGCCCUUCCCCACCGCUACGCUGAGCAGCACUGAUGCAGAAUCUUUGCUGGUUUCCCAAUGGUCUCUGGACAAAGACCGUCUGCAGAACGGGGCCGAAGAUCUCUCAUUCGUAGACGAUCCGUUCCCCAACAAUCCUGCACCGGGCGUUUCCUCGAGCUCCGGUCCUGUGCUGCAGGUGACAUACCCUGCUGGCAGCUUCUCCGGUGCAACGGGCGGUGCUCAAUUUUACAAUAUAUGGCAAACGACCAAUUCCAGUGGCUUCCAGUCGAUGCUGCUGACAUACGAAGUGGCCUUUGAUGCGGGCUUUGACUGGGUCAAAGGCGGCAAACUGCCUGGACUACGAGGGGGCACCAAUGCGACGGGAUGCAGUGGAGGACAGCAGUCGGAUGGGCUGAGUUGUUUUAGUUCCCGACUCAUGUGGAGACCCAACGUUUAUGCUUACAUUCCCGAACCUAACAACCUCUGCUCCGAGAAGUCCAUCACGUGCAACUCUGACUUUGGGAUAUCCAUUUCUCGGGAUCGUUCACUUUCACAAGCGGAGCGUGCCUGGAAUCAGGUCACGCUUCUGGUGCAGUUGAACAAUCCCAUCAAUGUGGCGAAUGGGAAUAUCGAAUUAUAUCUGAACGGAGUCAAAGCCUUGGCACAGCAGGACCUGCAGAUCCGGGCGGCCAACAGCGUCACGGCUGGGGGCAUGUACUUUUCCACCUUUUUCGGGGGCUCAGACUCGAGCUGGUCGACUCCGACGACGACCCACACCUAUUUCCGCAACUUCCAGUUGUUUGGAGGCUACAACCCGUCGACUUUGACCGGUGCAACCGUCAAAAGUUCGGCGUCCCGACGCGACCAAUCAGCCAUGUCGUAUCGUGCUGCCACCGAAGAGCGCAGAUGGAACAGCAUUUCGCAGAAAAUGGAAGGAUUCCAUAAUUAUUUCAAGCAAGAAUUCAAUACGAUAUACGAGCUCGCAGAUGGAUCCUUCACACAACGCGGCCUCAGUCUGAGCCUCUUCCUGCAGAUGGCUACGCGUUUGAACCAUCGCAAGUGCCCAGAUCCCAUCCCCGAGGUCACUGCUCUGACCCGUGCUCCAGACUUGACGAUGCACCACACGAUUGAGGAAGCACACAUCUUCCCCAUCCUGGCCACGAAGAUGCCGCAGUUCUCGACAGAAACGGAACAUGCCCACAUUGAUUCCCACAAGGGAAUCCACGAUGGGCUGGAGGCGCUGGGAGAACUCGUCCAAAAGUACAAGGCCGAGCCCUCCAGUUAUUCACCGUCGGAAUUGCGAGCCUGUCUGGAUGGUUUCCGUGAUGUCAUGUUCAAUCACCUAGACGAGGAAGUCAACGACUUGAGAGGAGAUAAUAUGAAGAAGUACUGGACUUUAGAGGAGCUAGAUCUUAUACCCAUGUAGCUUGACGCGCGCUUAUCAGAUUAGAUGUGAGCAUAAUUAGCGAGUAUGUCUGAUUAGUAUUUGUGACUCAGACUCAGAGAGCCUGGCUUUACUCACCAUGUCUGCUAUCCAGCCUCGUCCUGAGGAGAAUCCAACCUCCAUUCCCGCCGGCCCUUCGCUCCAACCCACUUCCUCUCAUGAGACGCUGCCCUUGUAUUCACAAGACGAGGACCGCCGCAGAUCUCUAGAAGACGCGGCGACGCCCCUCCCUCCAGGGUGGUUCUGUCACUUAGACGAGCACACAAAACACCCUUACUAUGUACUUGCCAUUCCAUUCAAGCUCGGGCAGCUGGAAUACUGACGCGCCCAGGUGGACAUGAACAGCAGCCCCCCUCGUUCGGUGUGGCAACAUCCUCGAUACGACGCUGAAGAGGCAGCGCUGGCGCCUGCGUACGCAUCGCCUGGACCGCAGCCCAAGACCGUUCUCGGCAAACUGAAGGCGAAAUGGAAAGCCGAGCUCGAGGAAGAGAAGAAGCAGAAAGAGACCCAGCGACGCGAAAUCCUGGAGAGGUAUUCCGCCAGACGCGCGCAGGUGCUUGAAGAGCUCGUCAAAGACGGGAACCCCGGCCUGAGCGACUAUGUGGGACCCCCGCCGUCGCCGUAUGGGGGUGUUUACCGGGGUCUGACUCCCAGAUUAGCUCGGAAUCUGGGCGGAUGGCUGGCAUAGCCUCGAUUGUGCAAAUUACAUGUGGCCUUAUGAUACAACACAAGUAGUGGUGUAUACGAAUCAUUACGGAGCGUCUCGUUCAAGUUCAUCCGCGGUCGGCUGGUGCUGUGUCUCAAUCGCCGGAUCCGUCCACGGCACAUGCAGGACGCCCAUCUCAAAGUACGGCCUCUCCGG